GGAGUCACAUGACUGCGGUGUGUCUUCCGCCUUCUGAAGCUGGGGUCGCAUGUGCGGCCGUGAGGGGCCCCGCCCGGGCUGGGGGCGCUGUGCCCCCAGCCCCGUGCUCCUCCUGAGUCUGCUCGCGUCUGCAGCCCCGCAUAGCCUGCUGGGGGAGGAGACCCGCCAGGUGUCUCUGGAGGCCAUCCCUGCCGGGCUGGACCCCCCGCAGAACCUGCUGCACAUCCGGGCGGUGGGAACCAACUCCACCCUGCACUACGUGUGGAGCACCGUGGGGCCUCCGGCGGUGCUGCUCGUGGCCACCGACACCCCCCACAGCGCCCUGAGUGUCAACUGGAGCCUCCUGCUCUCCCCUGAGCCCGACGGGGGCCUGAUGGUGCUCCCCAAGGACAGCAUCCGGUUCUCUUCCGCCCUUGUCUUUACCAGGCUCUUCGAAUUCGCCGCCGCCAACACAUCCGAGGCGGCCCAGCCUCCAGGAGAACCGUAUGCCCCGUAUUCCCUGGCCAAGUUCUCCUGGAACAACAUCACAGACUCACUGGAUCGGGCCACCCUGAGCGCCACGUUUCGAGGCCACCCCACUGAUGACCCCACUGGGGCUUUUGCCAACGGCAGCCUGGCCUUCAGGGUGCAGGCCUUCUCCGGAUCCGGCCGGCCAGCCCAGCCCCCGCGCCUCCUGCAUUCGGCCGACACCUGCCAGCUGGAGGUGGCCCUGGUGGGCGCCUCUCCGCGGGGAAACCGCUCCCUGUUUGGGCUGGAGGUAGCCACCCUGGGCCAGGGCCCCGACUGCCCCUUGAUGCGGGAGCUGCACUCCAUCGAUGAUGAAUAUGCACCUGCUGUCUUCCAGUUGGACCAGCUACUGUGGGGCUCCGUCCCCCCCGGCUUCGUGCAGUGGCGGCCGGUGGCCUUCUCCCGGAGCCGGGGGGGCCGGGAAUCCGCCCUGCGCUGCAGAGCCUCCCCGCCCCGCCCCACCUGGGCGCACAUCCCGCAGUCGCCCAUAGUCCGCGCCUUCUUCGAGUCCCACAGUAACUUCUGUGCCUUCAACCUGACGUUUGGGGCUUCCACGGGCCCUGGCUACUGGGACGCACACUACCUCAGCUGGUCCAUGCUCUUGGGCGUGGGCGCCCCUCCCGUGGACACCCUGUCCCCGCUAGUCCUGGGCAUCAUGGCGGUGGCCCUGGGUGCGCCGGGACUCAUGCUGCUGGCUGGAGGCGCGUUUCUGCUGCUGGGCCACAGGCGGUGCUCGGAAUACCAGCCCAUAAACUGAGGCCUGCUGUUCGGAGGGCCUGCUGGCCGGAGGGUCCAGCUGCCCCCUUCUCCCAGCUUGCUUUGCUGCGGAACAUCAGGGACCACCUUCACCGUUCCGGAGAACCCCCAGGCGGGGCUGCCUUCAUCCUCUGGGGAGGGGCCGGGGGCAGGGUGAUCGCUGGCGGGAGGGUCCCUUGGCGAUGCCUUGCGGCCCCUCUGCCCCCAUUCCCCUUAAAUGGGACUCACGGGCCUAAACGAGAGGCCUUCUGACGGGUCAUGCACCCCGGAGGGCACGAAAUAGACUCAUUUUCUGCCCUCUC